AUGCAUCUUGCAACUAACCUUGUUAUCACUGCUCUUACGGCUUUCCCUGCUGUCAUGGCCACCGUGCACACCGAAUGCUUCAACUACUUCUUGAAAAAGGAUGGAUGUGUUUGGUCUGCUGCCGAUGACCGCAACCGGUGCAAUGCCACCAAUGGUAAACCUCCUUUCAAGGGGGUUGGACAAUUUGAAUAUAACCCCAAAAAGGCCAAGCGCUCAUCGAUAACCCUUGAUCGUCGAUACACCUCCGAAAACACCAACACCUCAUUCCAAAUCUCAGACGGACCAGGUAUCUGUGGAAUGUACAACAGUACCACACAACCCGGAGCCUGUCUAUGGGUUGGAUCAGAACAGCUUUACGGAAACGACAGCUCUACAGCUGGAUGGUUGAACGGUGCCAAGACCUCCAACUGCGGUAAACAACUCUAUGUUCAACGUAAAGGUCGACCCGACAAGCCUUUCUACGUGCCCGUCGUUGAUGGUUGCCGUUUCUACACCACCAACGUCACUGUGGGAUGCUUCCAGAUUGGCCUCACAAAAAAAACUUUCCACGACCUCGAGCCUACCGCAGAGGAAAUUGAACGCGGUUAUCUCGGUGAUCUCAUCUGGGAUUUCAACAACGAGCACGGAGUCAAGAGCUCGAACUCCCCUGUUUAA